AUGGGUCUUUCUCCAUUUUGUGAUGAAAAUGGUCUCAAGAAAGGGCCCUGGACUCCUGAAGAGAAUCAACAACUUGUCCUUUACAUCCAAAAGCAUGCUCAUAGAAGUUGGAGAUCUCUCCCGAAGCUUGCAGGUCUAAACAGAUGUGGCAAGAACUGUAGGUUAAGAUGGACAAAUUACUUGAGACCUGACAUCAAGAGAGGCAAAUUUUCUCAAGAUGAGGACCAAACAAUUCUACACCUCCAUUCCAUUCUUGUAGUAUUAUGGUCUACGAUCGCCACACACUUACCGGGACGUACAGUCAACGAAAUAAAGAAUUUCUGGAAUACCCAUUUGAAGAAGAAGCUAAUUCAGAUGGGUUUCGCAAUGACCCAUCAUCCAAGAGCCGAUCCGUUUUCAAACAUGGACUCCGUGAACGUGUUCGACAUUUACAGCACCCUCGAGGCUGCUGCGACUCCCCCGAGCAAAAAGAAAGCAAGCAAGAGGCACCAUGGGGAAAGUAGCAAAGCGCCUCAGGCUAAGAAGGCUAGUAAUGCUGGCCCCCCAGAGGACGGGCCCUCAGCCAAUGCAACUCCGCCCUCUCCUCGCGAGCAGCAUACUCCCUAUGCUACAGUCGGAUUGACUCCACCUCCAGCGGCCCCAACCGACCAGACUCAGCAGGCUGGUCUUGCUUCGACUGGGGGCGAUAUAACUGGUCGCGUCUUCAAGUCGGUCAAGGACAGGGUCACGAAGAUUGCAAAGCAUGACCGCUGCCGAGAGGCAAUGGCCGCGACCGAAGCGAUGGACGUCGACCUGAUCUUAAACCGUGCCUUGAAUGAGUUUACCAGUGAAAUGCUGACCCUUACUGCCGGCCGCCUCCGUUCGGGUGCUGUUUCCGAGGAGGCCAAAUCUUUGGAGCAAAGGCAUGCUGAUGAACUUAAAGCUGCCGAAGCAAAUUAUGUCGAACAACUUGCAGUGGUGCUCAAGGAGAAGAAUAAGCUGGCGGAGGAGUUGAAGGAGAAACAAAAGUCUCUGGACAAGGCCAUUGAUCAGAGGGACCAGUACAAGGAGUCUAAUCGCUUCAAUUUCCGCGGUGCCGACUUCAAUUACCUACCUGAGAAUGCAAGAAACGCCGAGCUUGCUCGUUGUACCGCUCAACUGGCAGAGGAAGAAAGAGCGAGGAUUCCUGAUUCCCCUGAGAUCUCGCUGGCCACUGGGAUGGAUGGGGCAGAUAAUGAGGCUGGAUACAACUUUGCUCAUGCCAACACUUGUUUCUAUUCAUCCAAAUGA